GUUGCAUCCCAAGCAGGGUUGAUGGUGUAGAGCAGAGUCGAUGACCAGACCACUUGCGUCUUUCUUCUCUACGUUUUCUCACUGACGGUCUGCACACAUACCACAUCCAGCUAUUCGCACGCCACUAGUCUGCAACGCUUCCGCCAGACCACAGCGUCGCCAAACUCUGGUCGCCCCCCAGACCGUGGUUCAAAAGUCCAUUACACGUCUCUGUGAGAGGCUGCCGAAGACGUCAUAUCCUCCCUCCGACCCGCGAACAACAACAUCACCCACGACCGCGAACACUAAGCGACACACACAUCGCGGAGAGGCUACAUUCGGGGAGCUGGACAACCGGGAUACAUGGAAGAGCGGUAUAGGCACAGGUUCAGCGCAUGAGUCCGGCAACUGCGGCAACCUGGAUUCCACGUACGAAACGCUGGCGGACGACCAGCCCGGCAGCCUGGUCACGCCCGCUGAGAAAGACUUGAUGAGUCAAGAUGGCGGCGCAGAGGAGAACAAUGUCGACAGCCCGGCCGUAACAACAUCCGAAGAUGCGCGAGAACUGGUGCGUCUCAUACAAUGUCCACAGUGCUCGAGGCCGUUCAGAAAUCCUGUCACUCUCCCAUGUGGCAAUUCGCUAUGCAAGACGUGCUUGCCCGAGUCGCACGAACGAGAACACAUCUCCUACCCCGAUCUACCUGGUCGAAGAUUCGGUUUACAAUGUCCGUUCGCAAAUUGCGGCUCGGAGCACCCCGCUUCGGACUGCAGCAUCGAUGUGGUCAUGUCGAAGAUCAUGGAUGCUAUUGCGGAGGUCGUCGCGCGGUACAGCUCCGUUGUGGACAGUGAGCCGAUGCUCAUUGACGACGCGGCACGGUAUGACGAAGUAAUGAGUUCCCAGCCGGAGUCGGAGAAGCCUAACGUUGUUACGGACAUAUCCAUGGGCAAGUUGAUCGCCACAUACAAGCUUGCUGCUCAGGGACUCCUUGACUGCAAGACUGAUCUUGUCUACCCUCCUGAAACGGACGCUACCAAAGUCAUGGACGCGAACGUUAUACAAGAUGUUCUGGAAGCAGCUCAAAAGGAAGUCGACUGCCAAGUCUGUUAUAACGUGAUGCUUGAUCCAGUUACCACUUACUGCGGACACACCUUGUGUCGAAAAUGCAUGGCCCGUGUGCUGGAUCAUUCUCAGCAUUGCCCCGUCUGUCGACGGAGCCUUGCGAUCCCUCCUUCGCUACAACGGCAACCUAGCAACAAGGCACUUGUCGAGUUCCUCGAUGGCUGCUGGCAUGACACAAUGGUGGCCAGAGCAGCUGAUGUUGCGUUACAAGAGCGUGGCGGCGAAGGGCAACCCUCAGUGCCACUUUUCGUCUGCACGCUCGGCUUCCCGAAUCAGCCGACCUUUCUCAGGAUAUUUGAGCCGCGAUACCGAUUAAUGCUGCGUCGCGCAAUGGAAAGCAAUCGUCAAUUCGGCAUGCUCAUGUACAACCGAUAUAGCGAGCCUCAAGGCGAGCUUGGGUCUGUGCAUUUCUACCAAUAUGGAACAAUGUUGCAUGUCUUGCAUUGCCAAGUUCUGGCCGAUGGCACUAGCCUCAUAGAAACGCGAGGCCUCUAUCGCUUCCGGGUCAAAGCGCAUGGCACGCUUGAUGGGUACACGGUCGGCGAAGUAGAGCGCAUCGACGACGUCAGUCUGGCCGAAGAGGAGCGAAUUGAAGCGGAAGAGACGUCUGCGCCAGCGAUGCCAGACGAAGACACUGCGGCACAGAUCAAUCGAAUGUCGACACAAGCACUGCACGAUCUCGGGCGGGAAUUCGUCACAAAGAUGCAAGCACGAAGCGCAAACUGGCUGCAGCAGCGAGUCCUAGACAUCCAUGGUCAGCCACCGGAGGAUGCUUCUUCGUUCCCGUACUGGUUCGCGAGCGUCCUGCCGAUCAGCGAAGACGAGAAGUACAAGCUGUUGGGCACUCGUACAGUCCGGGAAAGGUUGAAGAUAACGGCCACCUGGAUUCGAAGGAUCGAAUCGCAAAGAUGGUAUCAAACCAAUGCGUGCCGUAUCCUUUGACUAGCCGUAGCAACUUAUUUGGCACCGGCUCUCCUCCUUUUGGUAGCAGUUUGUAUACACUGGGCACGUCCCGGGCCGUCAUCACACACAUAAGACUUUAAUGAUACCCCAUGAUUUGGACGGCUUGGAGUGGUUUGGAAAUUUGGCAGAGUGGCAUUGCGCUGGCGCAUGGGUGCAUUCGAGGGUGGAGAUUGCAUGAAUGGGUGUUCAUAUGCUGGACGAUUAUGAGAUCGACUGAGCUGGCGUCACAAUCAGCGAUGUAUAACGAAAGCUUGCAUGUGAGAUAGAGCGGACAUGUCUUGGAAUGGCAUGUCGGGUUAUUCAACAAUGUUCUCAGCAUCAUCUCGUUGCGCGGUGCUUGACCUUAUCGAGGAGGGCCAGAGGUGUGCGGUUAUUUGAGGGAAGAUAGCACUGUCCACAACCUCUGCAGCACCUCGUCGACAACAGCGCACCUUGGUGGAAUCGUGAUAACAGGCUCGGUUCCGAGAUACUCUUCUCACGAUCGAGUCCAGAC